AUGGAGGUGGAUGGCAAGAAGCCGUACGUCAUCGCCGUGAUCAUACAGGUCAUCGCCACCGGCAUGCUCGUCACCUCCAAGGCGGCGUACAACCAGGGGUUCAACACCUACGUCUUCGUCUUCUACCGCCAGGCCGCCGCGUCUCUUCUCUUGCUGCCUCUCGCCAUUGUCCUCGAAAGGAAAAACAUGCGGUUAAUGUCGUUCCGGUUGCUCAUGAAGCUGUUCCUCUAUGCCUUAUUCGGGACUACAUUUAGCUUGAACCUGUACAACGUGAGCCUCAAGUUAACAUCUGCUACCGUGGGGUCUGCGACCAGCAACUCCAUGUCCGUGGUCACCUUCAUCAUAGCGCUACUGCUGAGGAUGGAAGUGGUGAAGCUGAGGAGCCCCUCGGGCAUGGCGAAGGUGGCCGGAGUCGUGCUCUGCCUCGCCGGGGUGCUCGCCAUCGCCUUGUACGUGGGUCCGUCCCUGGACCCGGUGAACCACCACCGCGCCUUUGCUGCCGCAAACGGGGAGGCUGAUGCGAAGAGGGGGACGUGGAUCAUGGGCACGUUGCUCAUGGUGCUCGUCAACGUGACGUGGUCCCUGUGGAUCGUCCUGCAGGCCGCGCUGCUCAAGGAGUUCCCCCACAAGCUGCUCGUCACGGCCACGCAGUGCGCCUUCAGCGCGGGCCAGUGCUUCGUCGUCGCGGCGGUCGCCGAGAGGGACUUCUCCCGGUGGCAGCUAGGGUUCGACGUCACACUGGUCGCCGUCCUCUACACCGGGUUUGUGGUGACGGGAGUGUCGUACUACCUGCAAGCAUGGUGCGCGGACAUGAGAGGGCCGGUCUUCCUCGCCGUGUGGAACCCGCUCUGCUUCGUCUUCACCAUUUUCUGCUCCUCCUUCUUCCUCGGAGAGAUUGUUCACCUCGGCAGUAUCUUGGGUGGAAUUCUUCUCGUUGGAGGUCUGUACAGCGUGCUGUGGGGUAAAAGCAAAGAGAUUCGGACUGCGCCAUGUGAUGAGCCGAUUAUGAUCCAUGGCGUGGGGGACGAUAAAUCUGCGGAUGAGGAGGAGAAGAAUGUUAUUAGGAGCAGAGAAGUUAAUGGGGAGAUGGAGCACGAUAAAGAAGCAACCAUAUCGCCUGCUGAACAAGUCUAA